ACCCAGGAAAUUUUGCAACGCCAAAAAGAAAAACGUGAUAAAUUGGCAGCCGCUCUGCGUAAUUAUAAAAAACGUUUGGGCAAUGUAGAACAAGAAAUAAAUUUACUUACUGGGACAAUACCUACACAGGGUCUAUCCGAAAGACUGGAUGAGGAAAUAAUAAAAUUGAGGAGAGAUUGUCAAGACAUGCUUAGAAGUAGUAACCCAUUUACACAACCGCCAUUACAACAGGAACUAGCAAUAGAUCAUCAGCCGCAACAAAGGCAUCCACAACCUCAACCAUUCCCAAGACAAAGAAUGACACGUCCGCCGCCAAGGCCACCACCACCACGUCAAACUAGUCUAGAUAUAAUACAACAUCAUAGUCAAACAUCAACGCCACAUACACCACCUGCCGCUUCUUUACCAAAUCUUAAUUUCUAUAAUCCACCACAACAGCAACAACAAAAUCACAACAAUUCUUUAACAAUACCUUCAUAUUAUCACCAGCAAUCGGCUGCUUUGAACAGCAAUCAUUUGUAUACAGAUCACAGUAAUUUCGUUAAUCAAGAACCUAUAGACGAUGGUAGUGAAGAGGAGUAUGAAGAAGUGAUUGAACAGCCCUGGGAGUGCAGUAUGUGUACAUUCCGUAAUCAUCCACAAUUGAAUAUUUGCGAGGCGUGUGAGAACGUUAGAAUACCUGGUAGGCUAACAAAUUUAUCUCGUGCUAGAUCGGCCACAAACUGUACUAACAUAGCAGGUGCAGCAGCACGUUCACCAGCAGGCACAGCCUUACAAGUCUCUGGUUCCUCACCUAAUUUGGGUCUAUCGCGUACACCUGCUGGCUCUAGCAAUACCCUUAAUAAUAGCAAUAGCGGUAGCAGAAAUGCCUUAAAUACUGCUACUGUCAAUUUAGAGCAUGAUACUAAUCUUGUGCAACAACAGUUACAACAUUAUGCUUUGCAUACUUAAUUGCGUUUUUUAUUGUGUAUGAAAUAUUGUUAUUUUUUUUUAUAAAUUUUUAUUAAUUAAUCUACUUUUUUUUACUAAUUAUGUUUAAAAAAAAAUUUACUUUUUUUGCUUUAUUUUACUGUUACUUUUGUUUUAUGUUAAUUUAAUAAUAAUGGCAUGUUAAGCAGAAUUAACCCUUAA